CGUUUCAGAACCUUGUUUCGGCAGGAAAGGUAUUAAACCCUUCAAGAAAAUGGCGAUUAGGGAUUGGUCCUUCCUGGGUUGGGGGGGAAAUGGCGGGAGCGCUGCCGCCGCCGCCGUCGCCAUGCGUCUUCUGUCAGAUUGCUGGCAAAUCGAGCUCCACUCCUCUUCUUCACUCUGAUGACAAGGUCAUCGCAUUUCAAGACAUCAAGCCUGCAGCUUUCAGGCAUUACUUAGUGAUUCCUGUAGAGCACAUUCCAACUGUGAAGGAUCUUAGGAGGAGAAGUGAAGACUACUCUUUGGUACUUCAUAUGUUAAAUGUGGGGCAAACACUUCUACGCAAAGAUGCACCUGAGGCAGAGCAGUUCAGGUAUCGUUUCUAAUCUAGUUCAUG